UGCAGGAGGUAAUGCUGCCUUAGAAUUCAGACAUACUCUUUGUUGAAGAUAAAGAUUCUAAACAAUAGUUAAUAUAUAAAUGAAUCAAAUAUACAGAAAGAAAGAACUAAUAAAGCAUUAAUAUUUACUAACAGGUACUAACGCUGGAGAACCAGGAACUCCUCCUAAUAAUAGGUCACCCACCACUCUUUUUCUUUCUCCCCCAUAUUCUUAAGCCUCCACCUGUGACCUGAAACGAGUUUGUGCUUCAGAUUCUUAUCUAUGAAAUGGGGGUAUUGACUUUGACUUCAUGGUGUGCUGUCAUUACUGAGUUGAUCUGGUUGAAAAUCUUUGUUGGAACAGUUUUGUCACUGAUUGGCCAGCAGCUAAACAUUUUCUUGGAACAUAUGGAUUUUGUCAGAAUUUUAGACAGUAAAUUAGGGUUGAAAUAUUUAAUUUUAUCAUUUCAACUUUUGCUACUUAUAAUAAUCAAAAUGGAAAAGAUGAAACAAUGUUUUGAUAAGAUCAAAACAUUUCAUGAACAACUCUGAGAUUUUGACUUUUUGGCUCAAUUUGGCAAUAAAUGAAAUUUCAAAAUCUCAGAAUUUCGUGCGGGAUGGAAAUUCCAUUUUAUUUUAUUUUAUUUUAUUGGCCAGUUAGAUUCACCCCUGGUUUACAGUGGCACACUGGACCUGAGAGGAGGAGUUGUGGUGAUGCAGGUUGCUUACAACCUCUACUUCACUUGGGGUUUGCAGUCACCUGCUAUAUUCCAAUCAUUGGGUGCUGCUAGCUCUGGAGAUGUGUAAAUCUGGCCAAGAUGGUCCAGAGAUGUGUAAAUCUGCACAUGCGUAGGCCUGGUCUACACUGGGGGGGAUCGAUCUAAGUUACGCAACUUCAGCUAUGUGAAUAACGUAGCUGAAGUUGACGUACAUAGAUCUACUUACCGUGGUGUCUUCACUGCAGUAAGUCGAUGGCUGAUGCUCUCCUGUCGACUCCGCUUGCGCCUCAUGCCCUGGUGGAGUACUGGACUUAACGGGAGAGCACUAGACUAGACACGAUUAAUCGACCCCUGCUGAAUCAAUUGCUGCAUGUCGAUCCAGCGGGUAAUGUAGACAAGCCCCUAGCCUCUGCUGAAUGGAUUCUUAAAGGGCCUUGACUGCAAUUUAAAAUAACCUCUGGGAAGUUGGUGUGCAAAUGCUGCCUGAACUGAACCAGGUGUGAAGGACUUCCUCAGGUGUAGGACAUGUGCUUGAAAGUCUCCCCCUCCAUCUGCAAAAUGAAGUUUUUACAGUUUCAUGUACAGUUGAUCUGGAACAGCAUCACCGAAGUAUUCCCUCUGGACACCAUUCUAAAGGAAGUAUUUACCUGUGUGAAUGUAUGGGAUUAAUUUGCACAAGCACCAUUAUUCCUCAUCCAGCACUAUUUCAUAGAUGUUUCAAAAAGCAAAAUACAAGUCUACUCUGAUUAAGACAUGGAUCUGGAGCAAGGUGUCUUCAGUGUUUGACAAAGAACAUUUCCAGAUAUGUUGCAGAUAUUAAGCCUUUACCUCCCAACAUAAAAGAUAAACUGAUAAAAUUAAUGAGUAUGCAAGGGCGGAUAACUGAUUCAAAUAUCAGUGAGAAUAUCCCCAGCAGGAGUCGUGUUGGAUUGCGUCUGUUUCCUGAGGCUGUUGCACAGAAUGCUUCCUUUACAAUACAGCAGGAUCAGCAGAUUGACUCUAAGUGUUGGACCACACUGCUGUUUCUUCUGGUAGCAAUGGGAAAGCACUAUGACAGGAGCGGUUGCCAAAAUGGGCUUCUACAAGGUGCUGCACCCAGCGGUGGAAACGCUAGAUCUUAGAGACUGUGAUAUUUCAGAUACUGCCCUGCUGCAACUUUGUAAUUGCAAGCAACUGAAAAAAAUUAACUUAAAUUCUUGUAAAGAAAACAGACUAGCCAUCACUUCAGAAGGAGUCAGAGCUCUGGCCUUGUCUUGCCCUUAUUUACGUGAAGCUUCAUUUAAGAGAUGCUGCAAUGUAUCAGACAAUGGAGUUCUUGCUCUGGCGCUCAACUGCCAUCUUCUACAAAUAGUUAACUUAGGCAGCUGCUCAGGCAUCACCGAUGCAUCCCUGCAUGCGCUUGGACAGAACUGCAGAUUUCUACAUAGUGUGGAUUUUUCAUCGACUCAGGUGACUGAUAAUGGUGUCAUAGCACUAGUUAGUGGGAUGUGUUCGAAGAAUUUAAAGAACACGUGUGAUCAUCAUUUUUUGCCAAUUACCAGUGUUCCCUCUUUGGACAUCUGGACACAAUUCUUCACAGGAAAUCCACAUGGAACGCUGUGUGACUCUGACAGAUGUAGCUGUGGAAGCUGUCCUUACCUGCUGUCCGGCGAUAUAUAUUCUGCUGUUUCAUGGAUGCCCACUGAUAACAGAUCGUUCCCGAGAAGCCUUGGAGCAAUUAGUUGGACCAAACAAAAUUAAGCAAGUGACAUGGACUGUUUAUUGAUUUGUAUAUAAAGUUUCCAGAUGGUACAGCUUUUUCAGGAAACAACCAUCUCUGGGGAACAGCUUUCUCUCUGGUAUCCACUGUCUAGUAAUACCAGAUUCCUUCAUUCUUUGUUUGUACUAGAGCUCUCUGUCAGCAUCCAAGUCCUUUCAUGUCUUAGGUGUGCCUGUCAAUACCCUGUGAAAUGAUAUUUCCUGUAAUUAAAGCAACGGCUCUCUUUA